CGAGGAUGACGGCGUCCAUGUUGGACGAGGGAGUCUCAAAGGAAUUGUUGUUUCUCUGUCGGUAGCUGGUGCCGCAAAUUGCUGGUCAGCAUGUCGUCUGCUCGCACUGAUACCUACCAGCCUUGGCAAUUUGGCUGGAAACGACCGCAAUUGGAGGAGGUAGCGGUUCCUAGUUCCAGCGAAUCAUCGUCCAGACUGCCUGAUAUGCCACCACAAUCAUCAUCAUCUUCUACUCCACCGCAUUUAGUAGAUCACAUUGCCGCUGUUGUCUCACCACACGAAGUGUCCGAAGCUCUCCGCGAUACCCUACCCGAUGGUGUGGACAGUUCUUCGACGCUGGUCUUGACGGUUUCCAUCCUAUCCAGUGUCGGUGUACAAGCGAACGCAACGAUACCUAUACAGACAAACGCGGAUGUGGUGUUGGUCGAACUCACACAGCAGACAUCGCCCCCAGAGGAAGACGUGGAUGUGAAAUCAUUAGAUGCGUCAAGUUGCAAGGUUUUACUUUCCCGCAAGCUGCAGUGGCCCCAGUCGGCCCUUCUCGCGCUGGAAACGAACAACACCAGCGACGAUCCCAGUCGCGCCGAGGGCGACUCGCCGGAAUCCACGACACAAGCCUCACCGUUCGCCUGGAUGCGACGGCGUGGUCGAGGGCGGCGGCGGUCCCCAACCUCGCGGACGGGUCUGGUAUCUGUUUCGUUCGUCCGAUGCUCGGGAAUCUCAUCGACCGACCUUCCGAACAAGAACAACCCCAUGGAUGCCUUGGAUAUAUUGCAUUUACUCUCCCUAGAGCAACAAUCCGAGCGAGGAUUGUCGAACACGCAACAGGAAUGGCUGCAAACUUUGCUCAGCGCCAAACAACGACAGGAUUCUAUCACACCCAAUGAUUUACAGCUGGCUUGUCUGAGCUCGGAAGGAGUCCUAUACUUUUACGAUCCUAUUCGCCUCUUGUCGGGGAUUAGACUAAACAAGAAAGCCAAGAAUGAGGAUUGGGAGCACGGUAUGGAACGUCUCCUAUUAGGUGAACAGAUGCUGGCCACCAUGAAGAUGUCCAUUCUACCACUAAGUGAGCCUGUUAGCAGAGUAGUUUUGAGUAUUCCGCAGCGCCGCAAACGAGACAGCUCUCACCUAUUCGAUGCGGAAUCAAUCAGUCUAACGCAAGAUUUGGAAGAACCGUCGCACUCUACGGAUCCGUUGUCGGUUUGGAAUGCGUCCCUCUGGGAUCCCACCGUCGACGCAGCAUCGCUACCGUUCUCGACUCGCGACAAUACACCGUCGUUGACGGUGGCAGUCUUAGACUUUCUUUGCGUGGCGGGUACCGGACAUCGCUUGCGCCCUGAUGCUACUCCUGUUGACUCGUCAUCGUCUCAGUCCCGCCCAUUUUCCUCCGCUUCGACAAUGAUGUCGUCCUCCUUAGUGGGUUCCGGGGAUGGAGGAUUUGUCACUUUCGUAUCCGCCCGGACUUACGUAGAAACGCGCACCGUAUUUUUGCCAUAUCCACCAAUCCGUAUCAGUCCGUUCGCAUGGAAUGGCAUGACCUUUUUGCUUGUCUUGGGUAGUGCACACGCCUUGGCGAUUCGGGUCGAUUCGUCCAGCAUUGGGACGGUCACGGCAGGGUCCGCACCGUCUCCCUUUGCCAAUUCAGCUACUGUCGAAGAAUUGACGACGGCUUCUGAAGUAACCGCUGCUCCGACAACGCCCAAACCUGUCGAAAUUUCUAUUCGACGUUUCCAAAUGUUACCGAUUCAGCUACCCCAGUUCAACACCGUAAUCCCGAUGAUGGUUGGAUCUAGUGUCUCGACCUCGCCACCGUCAAUUGCGCUCGCUUUUGUGGAAGAACACAGUCAGUACAUCUCCGUCGUCCGGGAAAGUUUGCAAUGUGUAAACCAAAUUGCUGCUUUUGAAGUCGACGCGAUGUACGCUCCAUAUGAGACUCUUGAAGGCACACAAGCUGUCAUCCAGUCGGGCAACGAUGCGCGAGACGUCGCUCGCAUUUCCUUACUUGAGGAACCUCAUGGUCCUUUUUGGUUUCAUUUAAAUCAAGGCUGGGGCGUGUUGGGAGCAUGUGGACGACUGUAUUUUGUCUGCUGGGACGGUGGAGUUGAGAUGCAUGGCGCCUACGUACAGGAGCUGGACGCAACGACAGAAGAGUGGAAUGAGUGUAGUGUCGCGACCGUUCUCUCUUUGGAGUCCUUCUCCAUACCAGCGGAAAGUUCGCUUAGUGACCUUCGUCUACCAUACAGUGGGUCUCUGGAGAAGCGAGUUUCUUUCCAGCAGCCGGAUUUGAAAGUUAGCGAUAUGUCUUCGACUUACGAGAAUUGCAUGUUAGACCAAAUUGUGGCACAGGCAUUGGAAAGUAUAUCGAGUUACAGUUUCAGACAGAAUGUCGUAAGUCAGAGUCCUCCUCGAUCUCCUCGGAGAAAAGCUCGUUCCUUCACGGGAAAGGAAAAGUCGGAUCGGCUUUUGAGACAGUGUUCGAGUUGGGUACAGCUCGACGAUUCGCAAAGCAAGCGUUUACUGUUCCAAGGUCGAUCACCAGUCCUUGACAUUCGACUAAGAUUUACAAAACUACAGCGCUGCAUGUUAAGUUUGCGUAAGGCCGCACAAGAGAAUGGGGCGACAGUUCCAUUUCAACGCAUUCUUUCCUGGCUUUCCGACCAAGGCGAUUUUUUUACCGCUGCCAGUCUUGCUCUGGAUUUGCUCCGUAAUACUCAAUCGCUAAGUCACCUGUGGCGAACAUUUGACCGACUCGAUGACGAGAAUGAUAGAUCGAUGCUAGAUGGACUUUUGGAUGGUAUACUGCCUCUGCAUAAUUCGGAUGAACAUACUAAUUUAAACCCUGCAAUCAUGACGCAGCUUGCCGAUAUGACUGUUGGCUGCUUGGCGAAGGGAGGUUUUGCAAUGGCCUCCACACUAGAAGGGUUCCUGCAAAACGAUCGACACUACGACCCAAACCGUGCAUGUUUGAUGGCAGUUGCUACAACAGCGUGUACAGUCUCAGAUGACCGUGAUGUUGUGUUGGCUGCGAUGGGAAAAGAUUUUGAGAAAGCCAAUCUGAAUAUCGAAAACAUCCUCUGGCCUGUUCGUUGCCUUAUGAAGGUUGGAACAACCAGAGAUUGUUUGGGAACCGCACUCAUUUUGCUAAAUUCAACAAUCCCUGACGAGCUUCGGCGAAGAAACCGAACUAGCUCUGCAACAACUUCGAUCCCGUCCAUGGAGCUUUGCAAAGCAUUAGUGACUCAAGUCAUCAUCUCUGAUCCAAGUGCUGGUGAAAUUUUACUUGCUCUCGUCGAUGAAGAAUCGAGGAUGCCCUUUUGGAUGUCCCUUGAUCACGAAACACGACAAGCACUUGCGCUGCUCAAAAUUGAAACGACGUUUCCCUUACUCCGAUUCGACGAGGUUAGAUCAUGGGCCCUUGCACAGUUUCAACUCUGCCUUGAAGAGGAGGGCUCGUCAAUCGGUAGCAACAGAUAUUCAAAUCCAAUGUCGACGACAUGGCUGCAAGAUUUAUGCAUGGCCUGUAUGAUCAACGGAGGCUGCCCAACAAAAGACGUAGAAGGCUGCGAUUGUUUCGACAUGGAGCAAUCAAUGCCUGAUCCAGAUGAAUUGUAUCUAUUUGCUUACGUUCUGAAGAAGACACGAGGUGCUCUAACGUCGUUGAAUGGGUCUGGUGGGUUGGAUUUUAACCUGCUGAUUCCGUGCUUACUUAUCUUGGAGCAACGAGAAGAAUUGUGGCAACCGAGUUCCGCAGCAUCUACUCAACACAUGCUAAAUGCUGCUUGCUAUCUUUCCGGCCGGCGCAACGUUGAAGAGCCCCUUUUUGUCCUGGAUGGUCCCUCUCUGAUGCGGCAAUGUACUCUGGCUGAGAAUAUCCAAGCCGGGGCAAAUCUUCUUGGCGGCAAGAACGGCCUAAUUUUGGAGUGCUGCGACAUUCUUCUGAGUUGCACGGGAAUGAAAAUGGAAGCCGCUGAGGCCUUUCUCGUAUCGCCAAAGAUGAAGGACGAUGAGGUGUCCGCACGCGAGGAAACAGCCGACUUUGUUGUAACGGACGAGCACCGUCGUAUCUUGAGCUGUCUGAGCGAGCACACAUUGAGUAUUCGCACGUACGGAGAGUUCGAAACAACCCAUCUCCGUGGGCGAGUUGAUCCCGUUUUUGCCGCCACAGUUUGUCUGCGAACAUGGUGGGUGCUGACACGGGAUGACACAAACCACGCCACUGUUUGGCUAGAGUCUUGGCUUAGACAGCAGCUUGGGAUGAAGCCUGGUCAAAAGAGUCCACACCGACUGGCGUCGGCCGCGCUGUCCCGAGCAUUGAUAUGGCCUCCGGCGUCCGAGCCUGACGGACAUGUACUGGCGGCGCGGCUUCAGGUAUCUCGGUUGUUUUUGCUCCAGCUGGUGCAGUCGUGCUGCGGCCUAGCGGAAGCAAUUCCCACACAUGUGGCGGAAGAAUUUGUGGAAAGGAGUCAACCCGAUUUUGACACGAGUAUGAGGACCGCGAUGCAGGUCAAUCUGGAUACUUCUAUCGACGAAACGUUUGCAUCCGCAACCUCUUCUCUACCAAGCAGCACCUAA